AUGGACCCCCUAAGCCAGCUUCCAUACGAGCUCCUCUCCCUAAUCCUCGACUACUACACAGCAGACUGGAUCACCCUCGAAAGCCUCAUCCAAAUCUUCCCACCACUACACGACCUCUUCACCACCCCAGCGCCCCCCAGCACCUCACCAAAGAAACGAUCACGAAGAUCAGCACGAACAUCACAUAAAGCCCACCCCGAAGCCAUACGCAUUGCCAAAUGCACCCUCAAAAACAACCCCAUCAUGUCCGUUCAACUCCGUCGGCACUUUAACAUAAUCACCAAACUACGUCAAUCCUCCUCACAACCACCUGUCAGUCGCACCAUCUGUUAUACUACACUCAUAUCAGGAGGAGAUGAUUCCCCCCUCUCCUUCAAUCCACCACCAGCCCACACAACCCUCCUCGAAAUGAUCACCCUCGCGGCCAACAUCCAGCGUCUAGCAUGCGCAUGUCUAUCCACCCUCCUAACCCGGCUUCGGAGCGUUCAUCCGCACCGCUGGACCAAAGAACCCUAG